UCUACCGCGCGGACAGGACGGCAGAGGGGGGUUCGUGACGUCACCGCAGCGCUGAAGAAGCCUCGGGAGGACAGUAAACCCAGAACAACACAGACCGAAUCUACCCCAGCACCCUGCCUGCCUGCCUGCAACUGGAUCUAUCACAUCCUGCAUGGCACUUUGAUUCGACUGUGUAGGAAACAAACUGGGAUUCGGAAUGGAACUUCAUUUAUCUAAGAAUGGACCCUCCUGCGUGGAACCGGGUGGGAUGAAUUUGGACAGGAGACCAGAAGCCGUGAGACCCCCACGCGACAUGACCUCCACCUUUCACAUGCCGAGAUCGUCAGAGAGCGCUCGAGAGCCCGUAGAGAAUUCAAGCAGCGAGUCGUCAGACACUGAGAUCGCAGAGAAAGAUAGGAGCGCAGAACAUAGAAGUGACGACGGGAAUGUGGAAGAGCCGAGCAAGAAGAAGAAGCAGCGGAGACAGAGGACACACUUCACCAGCCAGCAGCUUCAAGAGCUGGAGUCCACGUUCCAGAGGAACCGUUACCCCGACAUGAGUACGCGGGAGGAGAUCGCGGUGUGGACCAACCUCACCGAGGCCAGGGUUCGGGUCUGGUUUAAGAACCGCAGAGCGAAGUGGAGGAAGAGGGAACGCAACCAGCAGAUGGACCUGUGUAAAAACAGCUACCUUCCGCAGUUCAGCGGGCUCAUGCAGCCCUACGAAGAUUUGUACCCAGCCUACACCUACAACAACUGGGCAAACAAGGGCCUGACACCGGCUCCUCUGUCCACGAAAAACUUCACUUUCUUCAACUCCAUGAGCCCGCUGUCCUCCCCGUCCAUGUUCUCAGCGCCCAGCUCAAUCUCCCCAAUGGCCAUGCCGCCCAGCAUGGGCCACAGCGCAGUGCCGGGCAUGCAGACCUCCAGUCUGAACAACAACAUCAACUCUGCAAUGUCUUCAUCCGCAUGCCACUACGCGCCGCCGGGUUCCCCUUACAGCAUGUACAGAGACACGUGUAACUCCAGCCUGGCCAGCCUGAGACUGAAAUCGAAACAGCACCCCUCUUUCGGAUACAGCGGGCUACAGAGCCCCGGCUCCAGUCUCAAUGCUUGCCAGUAUAACAGCUGACGGGCUGGCUGCGAUGAGUUGCUGGAGUAUGGCAGAUAUAUGGACCAGGUCAUCGCGCAAAAGACAACUCAACUGGAUUAGUUGCAACGUUGUGUGUGUGUGUGUGUUUUUUUUUAAUGGAUUACGCGGGUUGUACUUGUUUACCUUUAAACUUGCACCGCAAUUUUUUAAAUGUCCCCAUUUAUUUUAUUUUAUUUUUUUGGACUAGUGGUGGAAGACUUUAUACAUGUAAAAAUAAUAAUAAAAAAUAAAUUGUACAAUUAUACUAGAACCAGAAAAAACAGACCUGAGAACCCAAUAUGUUUCUGGUGUGUGUGUGAGUGUGUGUGUGUGUGUGUGUGUGUGUGUGUGUGUGUGUGUGUGUGUGUGUGUGAGUGUUUAUGAUAAAUGUUGAGGAUUUAUUGACCAUUCAGAGAGUUUCAUGCUGGACUGGGGGAAAUUAGAAGACGCGCGCGCUAUUACAUAAGAAAUGGAUGUUUAACGAUCUAUGAUUUCUAAAUACCCUUUUAUAGUGUUACCUUUAGUUAUUGUGUUUUGGCGAUAUUAGAAAGUGCUGGAAAUGCAUGAUCCUGUCUUUUACAGAUUCAAAAAACAAACAGCUGCAAUUGUAUACUUUUUGUCUAGAUUAUCCGUUUCCACAAAGAAAGGUGAAUAGAAAGCGCCUGUGUUAUUUGAGUGAGCGGGUGUGCACAAUAUUUGAACUGAUCCCUGGGAGUGCACUUCGCACGCAGGAGCUGCAGAGGGAGGUGUAUUCAAUGGUUAUUGUCAGGAGCUGCAGAGGGAGGUGUAUUCAAUGGUUAUUGUCAGGAGCUGCAGAGGGAGGUGUAUUCUAUGGUUAUUGUCAGGAGCUGCAGAGGGAGGUGUAUUCAAUGGUUAUUGUCAGGAGCUGCAGAGGGAGGUGUAUUCAAUGGUUAUGGUCAGGAGCUGCAGAGGGAGGUGUAUUCAAUGGUUAUUGUCAGGAGUUGCAGAAGGAGAUGUAUUCAAUGGUUAUGGUCAGGAGCUGCAGAGGGAGGUUGUGUAUAUUGCUUGUAUUUAAUGGUUAUCGUCAGGAGCUGCAGAGGGAGGUUGUGUAUAUUGCUUGUAUUCAAUGGUUGUGUAUAUUGCUUGUAUUCAAUGGUUGUGUAUAUUGCUUGUAUUCAAUGGUUGUGUAUAUUGCUUGUAUUUAACAGCAGCUCAAGAGGAUCGUUUCCAGUUGUAACUGUAAUUAAAUGCAAAUGCAUUAUAGUAUCCUGUAAUAGAAAUGGAUGCAGUGUGUCCUUUUGACAAGUUGUGAAUUUGACAUUUUCCAAGCUUACGAGCAUUAGAAUAAAUAUACAUAAACGUUUCUCGUUUUGUUAUUUCAUGUGACAUUAGCAGCACGGUGUACACGCAGGGUUUUAAUUGAUUAUUUUA